AUGCUCAAGACCCUCUUCUUCAUCCUUUUGGCUCUACUCCUCUUGUCUACUACAGUAUCCGCUGGCAUCAUCUUCCGUGACCGUCGUGCGAUUGAAGACUACUGGUAUUCCAAUGGAGUCGUGAACAACAUGGUAUCCGAUACUCUGGCUGGAGGACCAUCGACUCUUGGAUGGGCUCAGGUGCCGCAUCUCUACAGCCCAAUGUUCUCGAUUUGA